UGAGCCUGCGCGUCUUCGUGUGGGCGUGCGCGCGCCCGAAUGCGUGAGUGUCUGGCGCCGGCUCCCAGAGUCUCCGAGACCAGCGACCGGCUUUGAAGAGCAGGAAUUGCGGACAGCAAAAGAGGCGCGAACAGGUGCGGGCGCGGCACGCGGACCGAACCCCCAUCCCACUCUAAAGACCGAGACUAAGCAUGCGACCUGGCCCAUCUUGAUUCACCUUACCAGAGAAUUCCCCCACUCCAUUGUCUUCUAGCCCCGCCCUCCAUUGGGCACGCCCUUCACCCUGCCCCACACCCCUUAUUGGCCUCGGGGCACGCCCUCCGGAUCUCUGGGUUCCCAUUGGCUCUUCUCCCACAUUAAGCUCUUUCCAGGAGUUCUUAUUGGUGUGGGCCACAGGCUCUCAUUUGUCACCAGACCCCACCUUCAGCAGUCAGGGUCUCCACCCUCACCUUGCAUUCAUUCAUUGACUAGUGAGUGCUUGGAAUGAGAGAGUAAAUCAGACCGUCCCUGACCUCGGGGAGUUCAGGGCACGGUGGGGGAACAUGGACCUAGCCUCCAACCGUGACAGCCUACGGCUGUCAAGAAGCCAUCAAGACCCUGGGAGCCUUUACGCAUCGGGAAGGCUUCCUAGAGAAAGUGAGGCCUAACCUGAGCCCUGAAAAAUGGUUAAGAGGUACUCCAGGGACACACUGGCCAAAGAAUUCUUGGCAGAAGAACCUGAGGCGUGAAAGAAAAAGAUGGAGGAAUAACAGCAUGUAUUUAUGCUGAUGGAAAGACUCCAGUGGAGUGGAAGACUGGUGUAGGAUCAAGGAGAAAUGCUGGAACUGAGUCCCUGAGCAGUUUAGAGGCCAAAGUCUUCGGUCAGUCUCUGGGGAGAGACUGGAUUGCACUGAGCCCUUGCACAGAGUCAGGGAAGUCAACAGUGUGGGAAGUUGGAACGACCAAGCUGGAUGUAACCCUCAGGACAGAAUGGUGCUGGAUUCAGGGGCUCAGGUGUAUGAGCGGGCACCCCCCAGCCCACCUGCCAGUCCCCCAUCUCAGUGCCAUAGGUUGAAGUCCUCAAACCGAAAUGGGCCACCCCUGUACCCCUGGCCUCAGUCCCUGGCUAUGCCGUUGGCUCUGGCAGUUCCCUCAACACUACAAUCCCAGCCUAUGUGGAAGACCUUCUCACAGCUACAACUGAGACAGCGUAGCCACAUGCGUCGUAGUGAGAGCACCUACAAUGUAAAUAGUACUGGCCAGCGGGGGCGAGGCAAAACUCCACGGGUAUGUGAUCCAAGUGGAGGGACCCUAAGGCCUGCAGCCUCCUUACCUCACAUUGCUAAGACUCGAAAGGAUUUAGGCAAUGGUGGCAGCAAGAGCCCCUGCAUGUUAGUGGCCCUGCGACCAACCAACAUGGACCAGGAACGGGAUAAGUUCUUCCAGUCCCAUUACACCUACAAUCCACAGUUCGAGUACCAGGAACCGAUGCCAAUGAGUGUGCUGGAGAAGUAUCAGGAGGCCUCUGGACAGUUCAUCCAACAGGCAGUUGGCAUCAUUGAGGCUGUCCUGGAGAAGUUUGGCACUUAUGAACACUUUGAGGCUGCCACAGGGGGCCAGCUGCUGACCAAGUGCCAAAUUUGGUCCAUUGUACGCAAAUACAUGCAGAAGGAAGGCUGUGUUGGGGAGGUUGUGGUCCAGCUGAGUGAGAACCUGCUGUCCCAGGCAGUGAUGAUGGUGGAGAACAGCCGACCCACAUUGGCCAUCAACUUGACUGGAGCCCGCCAGUAUUGGUUGGAGGGCAUGCUGCGGCAUGAGAUAGGCACUCACUACCUGCGUGGUGUGAACAAUUCACGACAGCCGUGGCACAGCACUGAAGGCAGAUUGCAGUAUGGGCUUCGGCCAGCCAACCCCACUGAGGAGGGCCUGGCCAGCCUGCAUAGUGUGCUGUUUCGAAAGCAACCAUUCCUGUGGCGUGCAGCCCUGCUGUACUACACCAUUCACCAGGCUGCGCACAUGUCCUUCCGCCAGCUCUUCCAGGAUCUGGCGCAGUAUGUGCAGGAUGAGGCUGUACGAUGGGAGUACUGUGUCCGGGCAAAGAGAGGACAGACAGAUACCUCCCGGCCAGGCUGCUUCAGCAAAGACCAGGUGUACCUGGAUGGUAUUGUGCGCAUCCUGCGGCACCGUCAGACCAUCGAUUUCCCACUGCUGACCUCACUAGGCAAGGUCUCCUAUGAAGAUGUGGACCAACUGAGGCCCCAUGGAAUACUAGAUAAUGCCCGGGUGCCCCACUUUAUGAAGGACUUGGGACGAUACAGGCAGCAGCUAGAAUACAUCAUGGCUACCAACCGGCUGGAUGAAGCAGAGCUGGGCCGCCUGCUGCCUGACUGAUGUUGGAUAUAGACAGAAGCUCUUGACAGAGGUCUCAGAUGAGAAUAUGAAGCUUUUUAUGGUUCCAUAGCCUAGGUGUUUCUUGGGGGGCACUGGGAGUCCAGGAGCAUCUUGGGAAGAUGAGAGGCAACGUCAAAAGGUUUUUGUCCUUGCUAGUUUUCCUAGGGUCUGUGAACUAGAAGCAGCAUGUUAUGUAAUCCUGAGCAGGGGAGACCUGGGGAUGGAGGGGGACUGAGUGUGAAUAGGAGUGUGGGUUGGUUUGGGAAUAGAAAUUUGUUCCUGCAUGAGAUGGCUUUGGGUGUCUGGUUUCCCCCACCUGGACCAUUGGUGCUCUUCAGCAUUUGGACUGUCUACCUCUCACUGGGUCUAGUGGGAGUUGGGAUCCCCUCUGAGGUGACGUGCCUGAGCAUAGGGUCCUGGCUUUCACUCAGGCUCAGAGACCCAGCUGGGCUGGAGUUUGCUUUUCAGCAUUUUAUCUCUCUCAUUGGUUUUAUAUUAUUCCAUAUUUGCCUCCAUGCAUUCAUUAUUCAUGCCUCCAGCUGGGACUGGGAGGCAGCACCUCCUAAAAGUUCAGUGGAGGGCAGGAUACUUUUGGAAAGGUACCAUUUGUUCCUAGCCCCCUCCCCCCCUUUUUUGUUUGUUUGUUUUUCAAGACAGGGUUUCUCUGUAGCUUUGGAGCCUGCCCUGGAACUCGCUCUGUAAACCAUGCUGGCCUCGAACUCACAGAAAUCUGCCUGCCUUCCCCCCCACCCCCAGUGCUGGGAUUAAUGGUGUGUACACCACCACCCGACCCUAGUUCCCCACUUAUCACACAUUGGACUUCAGGCCUUGUGAGUCCAGCACCUGGCCCCUCCCUCAGUCUCCACACUAGUCCUGGUUGUGCCUGUCUUUGACCAAACCCUCACAGCUGGUCUCUGGCAGUGGUUGGUGCAGGCUGGGAGCAACCACAAUCAAACCUGCAGGUCAGGCCUAUAGGAUUUGUUAUCUUAAGUUCUGAAUCUGUCUGGGUCCAGAAGUACAGAGCUAGUUAAUGCUUCCAUUUACAUAUCAGAUUCAGCCCUGAGAGACUGAGCCAGUAUUGUCCCUACCCUGGUCUUUUAUUUCUCAUCUGUGAAGCUUGGAAACACAGUUGGGAAGUUCUUAUUAAUUAACUUAAUAGGUAUGUACAGAGCUCCUUGUGUAUGUCUGUGAGUAGUUAGACCCUCACUGAGCUCCCAGUUCAAAGGAAAGCCAGAUAAUUAAACAGCAGUUACAAUGA